CUCAAAUUCUCACCAUGAAGAGCAUUGCCGUCUUCUCUGUCAUCUCUUUUGCCGCCACCGCCGCUCCAUUAGACCACUGUAUCGAGUCCAACUACGUGGCCGCGGUCAACUUGACCCAAGCCAGCCCAUUCUUCUCGUCGUGUGCGAUCGAUUCCAACAUCACCACGGAGCAGCUAUCCAACAAAGUCAUCCCGUCAGCCGCCCAAGGCGACAAGUUUAUCGCGUCUGCCAACUGCCAAUCGCUCUUCAAAGACAUGCAGACCUUGAGUGCGCAGCAACGGUGCUUGGAGCUCAGCGUCGUACCAAAUGUGACGUGGAGCAUGGUGGCGUCCGCCGUCAAGGUCGCCGUGUACCCCACCGUGCCCACCCCGUGCGACUUUGCCGCGAUUCAAAAGUCCGCGAUGCGUCUAAUCACCAAGUUAAGCGUGCUCAUGUGCCUUCCCUCCAUGGGCAUGAACCUCGCCAAGCUGUCAGAAAUCCCGCCGGUCGCCAAGCUCGAAAACGCACGCAAGAACUCGCGGUGCAGGGACGCGUACGGCGCAGUCCAAACGCUCAUCAAGGGAUUUCCACAUUGCUCCGUCACCAACAUGUCUGCGACAACGUUUCCAGGCCUGGAUAUCCACGCGUUUGAAACGCUCUCGUUCGACUCGGCGCUCGACAUGUUGCAGCUGGCGUCGACGUUUCAAACGCAAGUCGCACGACGGGCCAAACUGUCGGCUGUGGAGCACAACAUGCCCGUCGUGGUUGUUGUGAGGAUGCUGGCGGGGGCGAUCAUGGCCUUCGUCGUGGUCGUAGCCUACCAAGCGCGAUCUCGGAGAGGUUAUACACCCAUUUAAAGAUAUUGUAUAUUGAAACUUGCAAAACUUAAAACAUGCAUUUUCGAGUUCA